AUGCACCGGUGUCUUCGCCUGACUGAGGUCCUCGAAAUAAUAUUUUGUCUUGUGUUGGAUGUUCAAUUUAUUGACCCAAGCUUCGAUGCCUAUCAACUGCUACAGCCUGCAAUCUUACCGUUUCCUAACACUAAAGGUCGACACUCCGUCCUCAACCUCGCACUUACCUGUCGUGCAUUUCGCGACCCAGCACUCAACGUCCUUCACUCCUACAUAGGAGAUAUCUGGCCUCUCAGCAAGUCCGUGCCUGGUCAACUGCCUAGACCUUCCUGGCUUCAUAUACCCGAACAGUUCCGCCCAUCAAUCCUCCGUGCUACAUGCGUCCAGAUCUUCUUCAACCAAAAUUUACAUCACCAUGACUCUGCAUACGCACUGCUCCUUGAAAGCGCAUCCAAAGACGCCCCGCUCUUUCCCCAGCUGCGCUCGGUCGGAUGGUUCGACCCACGUGUUGAAACUAUCCCCGCCCUCAACCUCCUCCUGCCCACCGUCCAUUCCCUCGCUCUAGAUAUUACGAAUGAUCAAUUUCGCAAAGCCGUCUUCCAGAGCCUCCGUACCACCUCCUUGCACCUCAAAUCUCUUGAAUUUAUAGCCAUGGUUCACACAGGGCUGGUAAUCUCAGAAUUGGAGUCCUUCUUGUCCAGCUAUUCUGAGAGUCUCACCGAACUUUCAAUCAGAUUCUUCCGUAAAGACAUCCCAAACGUUUUGCUCGAAGCUAUCGCUGUGUGGCCACGUCUCCAGUACCUCACUCUCCACAUAGGAUUCAAUAGCAUGCCUCUCCGUGCACCCCAACCUUUUCAGGCACUCACUCACCUCCAUAUAUCAUGCGAGAGUCUGUGCCUUUUCUCAUUCUUGCUGCAUUCUAUUUCUGGGACGGAUUCUGGUACCUCCGGAUGCCCAAACCUCAAGAAAAUUUACAAUAUCGCACUCCAUUGCGGUCCCACCAGUAUUUGGUCCGAAGUCCUCACUAUCCUCACACGCACAAAGCUAGAGCACAUCUCGAUCAUCGAGAGAUGUAACUCUGAGCCCCACCCGUGCUAUACAGGACCAGCAUUUUUUGAGCUUCGCCCCUUCCUCGCCCGCCCUACCACACUUGUAAAUAUCAAAACCCUCCUCAUCUUCCCCGCCCACUACGGGUCCAUUACACUUACAGAUGCCGAUGUUCACACGCUUGCUCGUGCAUGCCCGCACCUCUAUUCUGUUAGCCUAGGAAAUCACAGCACACCUGUGUCUUUGGGUGCCCUGGGUUACAUCGUGAGACGCUGUCGUGAGCUGUGCGAAAUCUCGCUACGUGUGGACGCGCGGCUCGAUGCGCUCGGGACAAUACCUCUGGACGAUGACGAGCAAAUGCACCUACAACCUAAUAUACGCCUGAGGAGGCUGGCCAUUGGAGGGUCACCCAUUGCAUGUGUGGGUCCGUUGAACCCGCCGACUGCACCAGACUUGAUGAUGUCGAUCCCACGGUUCCUGCACAUGAUAGCACCGCGACUUACGAAAGUCGAAAUAUCCUUAGAGUCGCAUCUCGGGUGGACACAUCGCAGGUACAGCCUUAGGGAAAUGAAGAAAAUGGAUGAUAUACAGAGGUGGAAGAAGGUGGGGAGGGUCUUGUUGGAGUUGACACAAGGGGACACUAACUGA